UUGCAUUUAUUAUUUCGAUAAGGCUAAGGAUCGUCAGAGUUGUUACUUUUGUUACUAUCGAGUACGAAAGAAAAGAAUUCUUCCAAACCCCUACAUAAAAUAGGCAAUAUUUCAAAAUCGCCACGGUAUAUUUAUGAGCAGAUCAUCGAGUUUGGAUGGAAAAAAAAUUAGUACAAUCAAAUAGGGACAAUUUGUUGGGCUAAAUAGUAUAGAUACGUAGAUGAUGAUUGACCUCAUUGAUCUUUCGAUGAACCCGAGGUUUCCGAUAUCAUUCGGGGACGCAAAUAAGCUGCGUGCCUUCCUAAUCGUGUUUUAAUUGGCUUCAUCAAAAAAAUUAUGAAGUGCUAAAUGGCAGAUAUAUCGGCUACGCAUUGUGCGACAGAUUGACAGAUGUAUAUCCCUGCGCGAAAUUCGUUAUCUACGAUGGAGGAUAAUGAAAAAUGCAAAUUGUGGAGUUAGGUAAAAUACAAAUGAUGAACAAGCGAAUGAGAGUCUAAGUCCAAUCGGUAUAUUUCAAUUUUAUAGCUGAUGUCAAAGGAGAAAAAACUCAAAUUUAUCCCUUCGGUAAUCUAUCGUUCCUCAAAAUUCGGACUUCUCGUCAGAAUAAUAUCGAAGAGCUGCAACUUAAAUUUCAUACAGGCCAGCAUUGGGCAAAAGCGAUAAGGCACCGUCGGCUAUCAGCAUUCUAUCGGCUAUUUUCAUUCAUAAUUAGGGUAGUACCUUUGGUAGUACCAACAAGUAGUACCAUAGAUAUAUAGUUCGGUCGUUGGUACGGUCUUUGAGAAUAGACUGUGCAUAUUUUGUAAACUAAUUUUUUCUGACAAACGUAGAUUUGAUAUCAGUGGACCGUGACCUGCAUGCCCAGAUUUUCUUAGUGAUCUGAAAUUAUUUAUAUUGAAAGUACCGAGGAAAGUAGGUACUAUUUUCAUUACGCUCACACAAUAAUACUACCGCGCAGGCGAUGCAACAUCCUGAAUCCGAUGUUAAACAUCCCACCUGAGGAAAUUUAAUUAGCCAUUAUUUCAACGAAGGGUACAGUUAUAAUAAGAUAAUUCAGUUCUUAUUUCAUCGUCACGAUGCCAUUAUAUCUUUUUGGCACCUUAACAGGAACGAACUUUCGAGUCUUGGGCUGAAACAUAGCUGAAACAGAGAUUCAAUUUGAAAAUGAUGUCAUGAUGACAUUGUAUCCUACGCUGACAGUGUAUUCCUACGCCUAGAAUGCAUUUCUACGCCUAGUAUAUAUUGUAUAAAGUCAGUAGAUGUCAUCACUGGGCUUCUGUUGAUAAUACAGUUACCAGCAGUUACAAAUCUGACACAUCUGUCAGUUGUGGACUUGUUUUUUUGUACAUGUUAAAACGGAAUGUUCAACUGCAGAUAUUUUGCUGCGGCAAGUAAUAAUGGGCAAUAGCUGAUCCGGGACAUGUCUCUUCACUAAAAGCCACUGCAGUGAUUACUGUUAAUUUUUCGCAGAUUGAAGAAAUAGUACAAGGGAGAAACUAUGUUGCACCGAUCAUACAGUCUACAAAGUUUUAUAAGGCACGAUAUUGUUUGCAAAUAUAGUGGUUAUUGUUAUAUUCAGCAAAUUGGUCAAGCUAAACGACAUGCAAGUGUGUUCAUUACACCAAAAGCACAUUGCAGGUAUAAUAAUAAUGUAUUGAAUCCACCGAGACUAGGAGUGCAAUAUAAAGGAAAUGUCAUUACCUACAUAAAUCCUCAAUGGGGGUAUAUUAGAGUAUUAGGUUUAUCUAGUAAACAAGAUACUGAAUCUGAAGCUACUUCAGAAAGCAAAAAAUUAAUAUCUGAGGCUGACCGAAAUGCUCUUAAGGCUGCUGUGAAAGAAAGAAUAAUUGAACUGGACGCAGAUAAAUUAGGAAAAGUGAAAGAACGACCUUUAGAUACUAACAAUGAAGAACAAAUUUCCAAGACAAAGCCAGAAAAGCCUAAAGAAAAAACAAGCGAAGCUAUCAAAGAAGACAUUGCUGCAGAGAAGCCAGUUGCCAGCCCACCUAAGAAGAAGGUCAGGGUUGAUCUCUCUGCCUCCUCCUUGGAAAGGAAUUUUAUCACUCCAAUUCGAGCAAUGUCGGAUUUUCUCUUGAAACCUGCUGAUUUAGAGAUGUUGCCAAAAACAAAAAGAAGGUCCCCUCAUGAAUAUGAACCUCCAAUCACUGUCUACUGGAGAAAGGAUGUCGAAGCUAAAGCUGUUGAGGUAUGGGGAUCACGAGAAGCACUUAUGAAAGAGCUCUUGAAAAAAGAAGUGGAAAGAAAGACCUACCAACAAAACGUUUUUACCGUGAAAAGAAAGCUACGCGAUUAUCGACGUGAAAUGGGUAAUCAAGCAAACCCGAUAGUUGAAGACGGCCUCUUUGGAAGAUCUGGUAAAGUAGUGCUUACUGCGAUAAUAAUAAAUGCUAGUAAUUUUCUAUUCAAACUAUUUGCAUGGCUGUAUACUGGCUCGCACAGUAUGUUUUCGGAAUGUAUUCAUUCAGCAGCUGAUACAUGUAACCAGUUAAUUUUAGCAUAUGGAAUUCAUAAAUCUGUACAGAAUCCAAAUCCCGACCAUCCGUAUGGAUUUACAAACAUGAAGAAUGUCUCUUCACUGAUCUCUGGAGUUGGCAUUUUCUGCGUUGGAACGGGUUUAUCGGUUCAUCAUGGCAUCCAUGGUUUAGUUAACCCUGAGCCUGUCGAUUCAUUUUAUUGGGCAUACUUCAUAUUGGGUGGAUCUUUGGUAUCUGAAGGAGCAACGUUGCUUGUAGCCAUCAAUUCAAUAAAAAAAGGUGCUCUGGAAAGGCAGCAAUCGUUCAAAGAUUAUGUCAUGAGCGGUGAAGAUCCAUCUGUAAAUGUUGUUCUGAUGGAGGACUUGGCGGCGGUGAUAGGGGUAACGGCUGCUGCUGGUUGUAUGGGGCUAACGUCGUACUUAGGAAAUCCAAUGUUUGAUGCAAUUGGAUCUCUUGUCGUUGGCGGUCUCUUAGGUGGCGUAGCAUCUUUCAUUAUUUAUACAAAUGUCGCAGCAUUAGUGGGCCGAAGUAUACCUCAAGAGAGUCUGGACAAAAUCAAUGCGGAACUAGAAUCUGACAUUAUGAUCCGUGCGAUCCAUGACGUAAAGGGAAUCGACAUGGGAAAUUCGUUGGUGAGGUACAAAGCAGAAUUGGAUUUUGAUGGACGAGAGUUGACCAGAUCGUAUCUUGAUAAGCAUGAUCUAAAUGUUAUGCUACAGGAGGUGAAGAAAAUGCAGAAUAUCGAUGAACUCGAAUCCUUCCUCCUCCAGCAUGGAGAAAAUAUCGUCGAUUUAAUGGGUGGUGAAAUUGAUAGGAUUGAAUUGAAACUGAAGAAAAGCCAUCCUGAAAUUCGGCACUGUGACCUGGAAGUUCUAUAAGAUGAAACACACAACGUAUUACGAACACAAUGUUUAUUAGGGGCUAUGUAAAUACUAAUUUUCAACAAAGAUGUUGGAUGCAACAUGAGUAAUCUUAAGUAGUUACUUCAAAAUAAUUUUUUCCCACUCUGUAUUUAAAAUCUACACGCGCAUACGCGUAUGUGUUUGAAAAGUGUCCUUCGUUACUUUAUAUUUCGAUAUCUCAGUUCCUUAUUGCAUUAUUGAAAAUAAAUAUUACAUCAGUGACCCCACUGACCCCAGUCUGUGUAAAUGGAAUAUGUUCAAUUUAUAUGUUGGAAACUUUCAGUAUCCAAGUCCAAAAACCAUUAACAAUCAAUAAUUAUAGUAGUGUGAAUUGGACCCGUAAGUACAUGUAAAACUAGAAAUCUAAUAUUGCCUAUAAAUUCUCAUGCAAAUAAAUAUCGCUGUGUCGAAAUGUCA